AGAGAGAGAGAGAGAGAGUCCCAAUCUCCCAAGUAAAUUUUGAAAGGUGGGGUGGGGUUAUCUGGACUUUCUGCAGUUUCAUCUGUUUUUCUUCUCUCUUUGGAACAAGAAGUUGAGUCCUUUCCAAAAACAGUGAAAACCCAUGGAAGGGUAAGACCGUAGGCCUCUUCAGGUCACCUUGAUUUCAAUCAAAGAGGCAAUCUUUUCCGCUGUCGUCAUGGAUCCCAAGGGUUCCAAGCAACCUUCAGAGGUGCCAAAGUUCUUGAGUCUCCCGCAGCCAGACAUGGGUGAUAACAAGCCGGCAGAAAUCAAGGAUUUUCAGAUUGUGAUUGCAGAAAAAGAUGAAGGGAAGAAGCAGUUGGCGCCCAAGAGAAGCUCCAACAAGGAUAGACAUACGAAAGUGGAUGGGAGAGGGAGAAGGAUAAGGAUGCCAGCUCUGUGUGCGGCAAGGAUUUUCCAGUUGACGAGAGAAUUGGGUCACAAAUCUGACGGAGAAACCAUACAGUGGUUGUUGCAGCAAGCAGAGCCAUCGAUCAUCGCCGCGACGGGUACGGGAACGAUUCCGGCCUCGGCCCUAGCUGCUGUUGGGGGCUCUGUUUCUCAGCAGGGAACCUCUGUUUCAGUGGGCUUGCAUCAGAAGAUCGACGAGUUGGGACCAGGUGGAGUUGGGUCCGGAAGUAGGACCAAUUGGACUUUGGUUGGGGGUAAUUUAGGCAGAUCCCAUGUAGCCACAGGGUUAUGGCCCUCUGUCAGCAGCUUUGGUGCAGGGUUUGUUCCUUCCUCAAGUCCGUCCACAUCGAAUUUGCCCAGCGAUAGCUCGAAUUACUUGCCUAGAAUUGGGUUCCACGGGUUUGAACUGCCAGGUUCCAAUCUGAGUCCAAUGAAUUUUGGCUCAAUUCUGGGUGGGAACACUCAGCAGCUUCCGGGAUUGGAGCUUGGGCUUUCGCAAGAUGGCCAUAUUGGGGUUUUGAAUCCUCAAGCCUUAAGCCAGUUUUACCAGCAGAUGGGGCAGAGCCGAGGUGGGGCUGGCCCCAUGCACCAGCAGCAACAGCAGCAACCGCAGCCACAUCAACAGCACCCUCCUGCCAAGGAUGAUUCUCAAGAAUCAGGACAGUAAUUAGUAUAGUGAAGGAGUUUCUAUAGGAGAAUUUUGGAGGAACAGAAAAAAGUAGCACCACUGGAGAAGCUUUCUUUUCUGUGUACAUGCAAGAGUGAGGGAAAGGACAUUAUGAGAAUUCAAUCAUUUUCAUGGAGUUGGAUCAUAGAGACUGGAUAUUGAUUAUUGGGUCUGCUCCUUUUCUCUCCUCAGCUUCGUCAAAGUCUCCAAAUACAGGUGAAGUGAAAAUUUGCAGAGCUACAUGGCUUGGGGUUGGACUUAAUUUCUUUUUUAUUUCAAGGUGUUUUCCCUAUAUAUUGUAAGCUAUCUCCAAUCAUUUAUUAUUAGGUCUGAACAGAAUGAUGGUCAGCUUGUUUGUGAAAUAACAGAGGGUUUUGUUUUUAAUCUUUUUUUUUUUUUUUUUGAUAAGCAUG